CAGCCUCUGCAGGCGGGGGCUGGGGUUGGGGCUGCUGGGGUCCCUCCUGCGCCUCCCAUCGCUGGGCGGUGGUGGUCGCUGGGGGGUAGGGGGAGAGACUGCUCCAGUCGCCCGUUUUCUCUGGGAUGACCCAAGCCUUUUUGACAAGCAAGCUGAUCCCGUGGUGGGGAUUGGCUAGGCGGACCGUGACGCCCAUAACAACAAAGGUGGAGUUGGAAGAAAUUAGAUUAAAGGGGAGAAAAAAAAAUUAAAGGGGGAUCUCGCUGGGGCGAAAAGGAGACAGACUGAGAUGAGGAGAGAAGGCAGAUCCAACUCCCCGUCUCCACCCUCUCCUAAGCCCUUUUCCCGGAGCUCCGCCUUGCUCCUAGCUUCCCUUCUCCCUCGAGUUUGGGCUUUUUUCCCCCCCGUUUAGGAGUGGGAGGUAGAGGGAGUCUUCUCUCCGGUUGGUGUCAAGCCUCCCUCUUCAGCAUCAUCGCCCACCCUAGGGGAGAACUUUUGGAGAAAAUCACGCGUAUUACAAAUUCUACGAAGGGUCAAAAAACCCCGAGAAGGCCUUAAAGGAACAAAGAUAGAAACGGAGGGGAGGGGGGCUUUUUUUCUUCUGGAAAAUAAGAAGAGAAAUUUGACAUAUCAUACCCCCCCCCCUUUUCUCUUUCUCCUCCUCCUCUUCUUUUGGCUUCAGUGUUGCAAAAGCAAAGAGCAAUAAAAAAAAAAAAAAAAAAAAAAACCGCGCACACAGACACAGAGACACACACCACCCCAGUCGCGAGAAGGGAGAGUUGAAAAGAAGCAAGAGGGAGAGAAGCCAGGGAGAGAAGAGAAAAGAAGAGAGGGAGGGGUGUUGUGAGGGGAAAAGAGAAGCAGGUUCCCUAAUAAAUCCACCUCCGUCUCUCUCUCUUCCCCCCACCCCCCUCCCUUCUUCUCCAGCCCAGGGUAGGGAAGAGAGGAGCCGGAGAGAGCAGAUGGAGGAGUGGAGUCCGCUGUAGGGCUGUGGAGCUUGGCUGGAGGAUGGAGGAGCCGCCAAGCGCCCGGCUGAUUGGAAGAAAAAAGCAGAGCGAUGGAGGCGGGGGUAGGAGGACGAUUUCUCUGCGGGGACUGGCGGCGGAGUCCACGCCCGGGUCGGGCGCUGCAGAGCUUGGCUAGCUUUCAACCAACGCUCCCCGGCACCAGCCCCACUCGCCCCCCACCCCCGGCCCUCCCGGCGGCUCCGCAGGGUGAAACGCCUUUCACUCCCGGGCUGGCUCAACAGGACAGAAGUGGAAGCUGGAUAGCUGGACAAUGAACGGAGAAGCUGACUGCCCCACCGACCUGGAGAUGGCCGUACCCAAAGGCCAAGACCGCUGGUCCCAGGAAGAUAUGCUGACCUUGUUGGAAUGCAUGAAGAACAAUCUGCCUUCUAAUGACAGCUCCAAGUUCAAAACCACAGAAUCCCACAUGGACUGGGAAAAAGUUGCCUUUAAGGAUUUCUCUGGGGAUAUGUGCAAACUUAAAUGGGUUGAAAUCUCCAACGAGGUAAGGAAGUUCCGAACACUGACAGAACUUAUUCUAGAUGCGCAGGAGCAUGUCAAGAAUCCCUAUAAAGGCAAAAAACUCAAGAAACAUCCGGACUUUCCCAAGAAGCCUCUGACCCCUUAUUUCCGAUUUUUUAUGGAGAAGCGGGCUAAGUAUGCAAAACUUCACCCAGAAAUGAGCAACCUGGAUCUGACGAAGAUCUUAUCUAAGAAGUAUAAGGAGCUUCCUGAGAAGAAGAAGAUGAAGUACAUUCAAGACUUCCAAAGAGAGAAGCAGGAGUUUGAACGAAACCUGGCUCGAUUCAGGGAGGAUCACCCUGACCUAAUCCAGAAUGCCAAGAAGUCGGAUGUGCCUGAGAAACCCAAAACUCCCCAGCAGCUGUGGUACACUCACGAAAAGAAGGUGUAUCUGAAAGUUCGCCCUGAUGCCACUACGAAGGAGGUGAAGGACUCCCUGGGGAAGCAGUGGUCUCAGCUCUCGGACAAAAAGAGGCUGAAAUGGAUUCAUAAGGCCCUGGAGCAGCGGAAGGAGUAUGAGGAGAUCAUGAGGGACUACAUCCAGAAGCACCCCGAGCUCAACAUCAGCGAGGAAGGUAUCACCAAGUCCACCCUUACAAAGGCAGAGCGUCAGCUCAAGGACAAGUUUGACGGGCGACCAACCAAGCCACCUCCAAAUAGUUACUCCCUCUAUUGUGCCGAGCUGAUGGCCAACAUGAAGGACGUACCGAGCACAGAAAGAAUGGUCCUUUGUAGCCAGCAGUGGAAGCUCCUUUCCCAGAAGGAGAAAGAUGCCUACCACAAGAAGUGUGACCAGAAAAAGAAAGAUUAUGAGAUUGAACUCCUGCGCUUUCUAGAGAGCCUGCCCGAGGAAGAACAGCAGCGUGUCUUGGGAGAGGAGAAGAUGUUGGGCAUCAAUAGGAAGCGAGCCACCAGCCCUGCCUCUAAGAAACCUUCUCCAGAUGGCAGCAAGGGUGGCUCCGAGAAACCCAAGCGGCCUGUCUCCGCCAUGUUCAUCUUCUCGGAGGAAAAGCGACGCCAGCUGCAGGAGGAGCGGCCUGAGCUGUCAGAGAGCGAGCUGACCCGGCUCCUGGCCCGCAUGUGGAAUGACCUGUCCGAGAAGAAGAAGGCCAAGUACAAGGCCAGAGAGGCGGCUCUGAAGGCCCAGUCGGAGAGGAAGCCUGGGACCGAGCGGGAGGAGCGGGGAAAGCUGCCUGAGUCCCCCAAGACAGCGGAGGAGAUUUGGCAGCAGAGCGUCAUCGGGGACUACCUGGCCCGUUUCAAGAAUGACCGGGUAAAAGCCCUAAAAGCUAUGGAAGUAACUUGGAACAAUAUGGAAAAGAAGGAGAAACUCAUGUGGAUUAAAAAGGCAGCUGAGGACCAGAAGAGAUAUGAGAGAGAGCUGAGUGAGAUGCGGGCUCCCCCAGCAACUGCUAAUUCCUCCAAGAAGAUGAAGUUCCAGGGGGAGCCCAAAAAGCCUCCCAUGAACGGUUACCAGAAGUUCUCCCAGGAGCUGCUGUCUAAUGGGGAGCUGAACCACUUGCCCCUGAAAGAGAGGAUGGUGGAGAUUGGCAGCCGGUGGCAGCGGAUUUCCCAGGGCCAGAAGGAGCAUUAUAAGAAACUAGCAGAAGAGCAACAAAAGCAAUACAAGGUGCACUUGGACCUUUGGGUCAAGAGUCUGUCCCCCCAGGACCGUGCUGCUUACAAAGAAUACAUCUCCAAUAAACGCAAGAGCAUGACCAAGCUUCGGGGCCCAAACCCUAAAUCUAAGCCCACUAUGCAGUCCAAGUCGGAGUCAGAGGAAGAUGAUGAUGAUGAUGAGGAAGAGGAAGAAGAUGAAGAGGAUGACGAUGAUGAUGAAAAUGGGGAUUCCUCAGAUGAGGGGGGUGAUUCUUCUGAGUCUAGCAGUGAGGAUGAAAGCGAGGAUGGGGAUGAGAACGACGAUGAUGAAGAGGAUGACGAUGAAGAUGAGGAUGAGGAUGAAGACGAGGACAAUGAGUCAGAGGGGAGUAGCUCCAGCUCAUCCUCCUCAGGGGACUCAUCUGACUCGGACUCCAACUGAGCCCUGGGGGUGGCCAGGCCUGCCUCUGCACCCCCAGAGGCCUAGGAAAGCCUUUGGGGGGCUGAGGGAGGGCUCUUGUGGGCUAGGGAGGGGUUGAAGGGAGAGUCCCCUCUGUGACUCCUAUUUUUUUUCACCCCUCUAGUUCUACUCCCACCCACCCCCAUUUUUUUUUUAAAGCAAAAUGCAUGGGGGGGGUGAGGGUGGGAGGAGCCCAGGCUAGGACUCUGCAACCUUAGAGAGAUAUUAGCCCUGGGGGAGCCUCCAGGGGAAUGACCAUCAGACUGAGCCAGUGUCUACCGUUCCUUCCUCCUCUACCCUACUCCCAGGAUCUCUUUCACGUCCCCCACCCCCUAGUUGCCCACCCUGGACCAUGGAUCUCACUGCACUUACAGCUCCUAGCAUGGACAUUGGAAUGGGGCUGGGGGGAAGGAAGGGGUACAUAGGGGUUGGAAUGGGUUUUCAGGGGUGGGGAGGCCUUGAAGGGUGGAGUGUGGCUCCUCUCACUCCCUACUUUCCCCAUUGGGGAGGGAGAGUUCUGAAGCUGUGCCCCCUGCUCACCCCCCACCCCCACCUUCCCCUGUGUGACUGGUUGCCUUGACCACUGCGUUGGAACUGGGGGUAUGGGGACAUUUGCAGGAGGUCCUUUAAGAAGAUGGGGGUGUUCCUGAGUCCUCCUGCCCUGGCUAACCCCCUUGCAGGAAGGCGCUCCCCUUGCCCCUCAGGGCAGCAGUCUUUUUUAUAUAUGUGUAUAUAAUUUUUUUUAAGCUCUGAGCUGUCAACGAGAUGUUUCCUACCGAUCUCCGCUACUGUCUCUGUCUGUUCUGUCGUUUGGGGGUUGGGGGGACUGGGCAAGGGUGUCAUUUUUUAAAAAUUGUCUUGAGUGUGGAAGUGUGUGUGGCCUGUAUAUAGUGUGUAUGGGUGUGUGGGUGUGGGUGGGUGUGUGUAUGGUGUCUGCGUGUAUGUGAGAGAACAGAAUGAGGCCUGACUCCUUGGGCCUUUAGAAAGCUAGAAAGAAGGGAAGUGGGAAGCAGACUGGAGGCUCCCCUGUCUUGUCUAAUCUACCCUGUCCCCAAGGGAAAGGGCAGGUCCCCAGUCUCACAAAUUCCAAAUUUUUGCCUGGUAGACACUUUGUUGGGGGGGAAGGAGACAGGAAAGCUUUAUGGAGCUACUCCCUUGUUCCCUCAGGUGUGUGGUGGGGGGUGGGUGGGUGUGUAUGUAUGUGUGGGAUUUUGCUUUCUUUUUUGGGGGGGUGGUAAUGAUUCUCUGACCUAGAUGGCAGGAAGUUGGGGGGGAUAUGUCUUAGGCCUAAGGAGUUUUGUUUCUGGGAAGACGCUGCAGGCUUGGUUCCAGUUAGCUAGACUGAGGAGUAGAGGCUGGCAAUUAGCAGCCCACCUCAGGAGCUGAGAAUCUAGGGGUGGACUGAGAAUUUUUGAUUUGUCUUUUCAGCUUUCACCCUCUCCCUUCCCCCCCUCCUCUUGCUUCCCACCCCCAACUACCCUUGGAUUUCUCAGACUGGGCCCCUACAUCCACCCAGGCCAGCCUAGUUUUUAUGGAAAUGUUUCAUUUUGCUAAAGGCUGCUGGAUGCAGCUGAGCUUCUCCUUUUGCUCCCCAAUUCCUGACACUACCCCCAAGCCACUUUGGAUUUAUUUCUGUGAAUAUCAUUUUUUUAGAUGUUUGACUAAAUUUGGAUUUAAAAAAAACAACAAUCAUGUCAGUGACUUAUUCAGACUUCCCAUUUGAUUUUAUCUUCCAUGAUGGGAAAAUUUAAGGGACAGAGGGAAACUGGAAAUUGAUGCUGGGUGGGAAGAGGAGAAACCUUGGCAGACUACGUCUUGAGUGACUGGUAGACUCUCCCAAAGGUAGCUAGACAAUCUAUGCCCUGAGCUCAGGAAAACACAGAUACUUAGGGGUAAAGCAGGGGGAGGGGGAGCUCCUGAACCCAUGGUGGAGGGGGUUCAUCUGUUUGCCACUUGACUGUGUUUGCCUGUCCCUCUCCACUCCCCUAACACCCAGCAGGAAAUUAAUCCCGCUUCCUUCCCUUAGUUGGCUGGCCCUACCACUGUUGUGUUUCAAGUGGACUAUGUUUUAGUAUAAAAAAAAAACAGACAAAAAAAAAUCAUACCUGGGACUUUUUCCCCCUGUAUUGAAAAAUUCUUACAGUGCAGACAAGAUGGAAGGUGGGGGUGGGUGGGAGGGGUGUUGGUACUGUAAGAGGUCACACUAAGUGCAUUUUGGCACUGGGACAAGUUGGUAGGGUGGGGUUUUGGGGUUUUUUUCUUUUUGAGGGGAGAGCCUAAGGGAGGGUUAUGGAGGCCCCCUUAUUUUUUUUCUAAUAUUUAAAGAGUGUUUUGUAGGUUUCAACAACUAUGGCCACAACUUGGAUUUCUAUCACUGGGAAAGGGGUGGAGGGGGGUUUGAGUGUGGGAUGGCUAGAGAUGUCUGGCUUCGGCCAACUUUGGAAGUUUUGUUCCCCCUCCCCCUUUUUUUUGUAUAAUAAAGUGAAAAAAGGUU